UGUUAGCAGCGACUGUUGUCAAAAAGGGGCAGUAAACGGAACGACGUCGUGGUGGUUGAGGAGUUAUUGCCGUUUUCUACCUCAGGUUUCAUUGUAAAUCUUCAAACGACAAUUUUUUCGUAUAAUUAGAUGUCAGAGUGACUUUGGUGCGGUUAUUUUGAAGGUAACACAGAGAAUUUGUGCUAAUUGUCGCUUGUAGUUUAGCUAGCUGGUUCCCCUCUGCUGCUUUAGCUAGCUUAUCGAUUUUAAAGCCACUUUGAUUCGAAAUGAGCGCCGGAACCGCGAAGCCGGCGAACCCGUCGGCCCACGUCGACCCCAAGACGGCUCCCCUCAAGGAGAUCCCCGAGGUCCUGGUCGACCCGAGGACCAUGAGACGCUACACGCGGGGCCGCUUCCUGGGUAAGGGGGGCUUCGCCAAAUGUUACGAGAUCACCGACGUGGAGAGCAAGCAGGUGUUCGCCGGCAAGAUCGUCCCCAAAUCGCUGAUCCUCAAGCAGCACCAGCGGGAGAAGAUGACCUCGGAGAUCACCAUCCACAAGAGCCUCCACCACGCCAACAUUGUCGGCUUCCACGGCUUCUUCGAGGACGACGACUUCGUCUUUGUCGUGCUGGAGAUCUGCAGGAGAAGAUCGCUGCUGGAGCUGCACAAGCGUCGCAAGGCGGUGACGGAGCCCGAGGCGCGCUACUACAUGAUGCAGCUGCUCAAGGGCGUCCAGUACCUGCACGACAACAAAGUCAUCCACAGAGACCUCAAGCUGGGAAAUGUCUUCCUCAACGACGACAUGGACGUCAAGAUAGGCGACUUUGGCUUGGCCACCAAGAUCGAGUUUGAUGGCGAGCGGAAGAAGACUCUUUGCGGGACGCCCAACUACAUCGCCCCCGAGGUUCUCUGCAAGAAGGGACACAGCUUUGAGGUGGACGUCUGGUCCCUGGGAUGCAUACUGUACACGUUGUUGGUGGGCAAGCCGCCGUUUGAGACGUCGUGCUUGAAGGAGACGUACAACCGCAUCAAGAAGAACAACUACGCCAUCCCCUGGCACAUCAACCCGGCAGCGUCGUCUCUCAUCAAGCGGAUGCUGCACGCCGACCCCAGCCAGCGCCCCACCAUCGCCGAGAUGCAGACGGACGAGUUCUUCGCCACCGGCUACAUCCCGCAGCGGCUGCCCACCACCUGCCUCACCGUGCCGCCGCGCUUCUCCAUAGCGCCCUCCACCGCCGCCGACAUCGCUCAGAGGCGACCCCUGAGCGCCAUCAACAACAAAGGAGGGUCUGAGAAGGUGGAAGCCAAGGAUGAGCAGCUUCCGAGGGAAGCGGAGGCGUCAGACCACCUGAAGGACAUGCUGCAGCAGCUCAACAGCAUCAUGGCCGCCAAACCCUCAGAGAGACCCCUCGUACGCCAAGAGGAAGCGGAGGAUCCGGCUUGCAUCCCCAUCUUCUGGAUCAGCAAGUGGGUGGACUACUCCGACAAAUACGGAUUAGGCUACCAGCUGUGCGACAACAGCGUGGGCGUGCUCUUCAACGACUACACGCGCCUCAUCAUGUACGCCGACGGUGACAGCCUGCAGUACAUCGACAAAGCCACGGCCGAGUCGUACCUGAGCGUGCGCUCGUACCCGCCCGCGCUCAACAAGAAGAUAACGCUGCUGAAGUACUUCCGCAACUACAUGAGCGAGCACUUGCUGAAGGCUGGCGCCAACAUGGCACGGCGGGACGGCGACGAGCUGGCGCGUCUGCCCUACCUGUCCCUGUGGUUCCGCACCAAGAGUGCCAUCGUGCUGCACCUCAGCAAUGGCACCGUGCAGAUCAACUUCUUCCAGGACCACACCAAGCUGAUCCUGUGCCCGCUGAUGGGGGCGGUGACCUACAUUGACGAGAAGCGUGACUUCCGCACGUACAAGCUGUCCCUGCUGGAGGAGUUUGGCUGCAGCAAGGAGCUGGCCAGCCGCAUGCGCUACGCCAAGCUCAUGGUGGAGAAGCUGAUGGACAGCAACCCCGCCGCCCAUUAAGAGGAACCGAUACGCCCCUUCUCCAAACUUUUUUUUUUUUUAAUCUCCUUUCCACCUGCUGUUAUUGAAGCAAUCUUGCAGCUUCUUUGCUCUCACGUCGUCUAUUUCUACAUCCUUUCUCUCUGUGUAGUUCCCUUUUUUUAAAUUCCCUUUUUUUUUUUUAAAGCAUUUUAUUUGGUAUACUUGUACAUACUGAAUAUGCGUGUUGUACAAUUAAUUUCUACCCGAGUUUAAAUAAAGAUUCUUUUGAUCAAUACAUUUUAUAACAAAUGUCAUGAAAUAUAACUAGGUCGUAAACUAAAGUACUUGCUGGCACAAAUGUACUAUUUACCUGUUUACUUGACAGACAUUUCAUGACUUUAAAAUGCCAUCAUGUACUUUAUGAAAUAUGUUUGUCAUAAAAUGUAUAGAAUAUAUCAUUUUACAGUAAGGGUGCGUGAUAAU